GUAUCAGAGAUUCUGAAAAAACCUGAGCAGGAAAGAACAACGCAAGACAAGACUCUUGUGAAAAAGAAUCCUGAACUUGUCAAAGUUUCUCAACAAAAUGCCAGAAAACUGCAGAAUAAGAAAGACAGGAUUCUUGAGGUGGAAGAUGAGCCACGGCUACUGCAGCACAAAUGUCAACAAUUAGCAGAGCUAAUCAAGUCUUCCAGAAAUGUCAUUGUCUACACAGGAGCUGGUAUAAGCACUGCAGCCUCAAUACCUGAUUACAGAGGACCAAAUGGUGUUUGGACAUUACUGAAAAGGGGACAGGAACUCAGUGCUCAAGACCUCAGUGAUGCAGAGCCAACAUUUACCCAUAUGUCUCUCACUAAACUCUUCACUGUUAAAAAGGUCAAGCACAUAGUCUCACAAAACUGUGAUGGACUCCACCUGCGAAGUGGUUUCCCCCGACAAGCUCUAUCAGAGCUGCAUGGCAAUAUGUAUCUUGAGUGCUGCUACUCAUGUGUCCCAAAUCAAGAGUUUGUUCGACUGUUUGAUGUGACCGAGCUGACUGGUUUCCAUCGACACUCAACAUCCAGAUUCUGUCGUUCCUGCGGAGGAAAUCUUCAAGACACAAUUGUUCACUUUGGAGAGAAGGGCAAACUGAAAUCACCGUAUAGAUGGAAGGAAGCAGUAAGAGCUGCCAAACAAGCAGACCUUAUUCUGUGUUUAGGUUCCAGUCUUAAAGUGCUUCGCAAAUAUUCUUGUCUAUGGUGCAUGGACAGAAAACGACAGCAACGACCAAAACUAGUUAUUGUCAAUCUGCAGUGGACUCCAAAAGAUGAUGGUGCAGCUCUCAAAAUAAAUGGGAAAUGUGACACUGUUAUGAUGAAUGUGAUGGCACUGUUGAAUUAUAAAGUUCCAGAAUAUAAAAGAGAGCAAGACCCUAUCUUCAAAUUGUACACACCACUUCGAUUGUCUGAAAUGAAAACAACAACUAAAAAAAUUCUGAUCCCACCAGCUCAACAAGGCAAGAAGUCCAGAAAAUCCACAACUUAUAUCUCAGAUUCUGCUGCAAGAAGGAAAUCAUGUAGAAUCACAAACUCAGCUGAGAAACGUGCGUCCUGGUUUGAUAAGAAAUAUUCUAAACCAUCUAUAGAAUCAGUUGAGUCAGAUCACUUUAGUCUGAAUGAUGCAAAGAGGAUGGAGAAAGAUCAGAUAAAUUCUAAUAAAGAAAAUCUGCUCAAUAAAGAUGUCACUGUGCCUUCAGCAAGAAUCAGGUUUGAUCAGCAUAAGUCUGCAGAAUACAGAACUUGUCAACUCCAUAACUUGAACCCUGAUCGAUCACAGGAUGUGACUAAUUUACAAUUGUGUCAUACUUCUGCCACGUUUUGGGACUUGUCAGACAAAUUAUGCGAAAAAUCGAUUCAACAGCCAGCAUGUAUAACAUGUUGUUUGCCUCAGAAACUUAAGACGAUGUCUGAUCACUAUUUGUGUGACUGCAAAAUAGACAAGGAUGGACUGAAAAUGACAUGUUCAACAUUAGAGAAGGAUCAGUAUGAGAAAUGCAGAAGCUUCCAUUGCUGCUGUGUACUGCAUGAAAGACAGAGCUCAACUCUAGACAACUGUGACAUCUACAAGCAUGAAGACAAUAUCAGCUUCCAGAACACAAGCAUUCCUGAGCUAGUAGUUGUUAAUUUAGGCAAACAUCAAUCACAGAAAUGUAGAGAUCAGAACAUAUUUGAGAAUCAACUUUUCCACACUGCUGAUACUAUAUUACUUGUAACUGACCUGGCAACAGACAACACAUUAUCUCAUCUUGUUUCUGAUGUCUGUGAGAACUCAUCUUCAUUGGUAGCUGCUCACAGUUCCGCACAUACAUUGGACAGUCUCUUCCGUCACCAUGCUGCUUCAAAUGAUUGCAUACAUUCUAGCACAGAACUGAACAAUUCACCUGUUCAUGUGAAAUCUCCACACUUUGUGGGACCAUGUCUGCAGGUGACAAGUGAUUAUUUGAAAUCUCCACACUUUGUGGGACCAUGCCUGGAGGUGACAAGUGAUCAUGUGAAAUCUCCACACUUUGUGGGACCAUGCCUGGAGGUGACAAGUGAUCAUGUGAAAUCUCCACACUUUGUGGGACCAUGUCUGCAGGUGACAAGUGAUCAUGUGAAAUCUCCACACUUUGUGGGACCAUGUCUGGAGGUGACAAGUGAUCAUGUGAAAUCUCCACACUUUGUGGGACCAUGUCUGGAGGUGACAAGUGAUCAUGUGAAAUCUCCACACUUUGUGGGACCAUGUCUGGAGGUGACAUCUGGCUCUGACAUGAUAUUAUUGCCAGCUAGAGAAGAUGCAGAGUGGGACCAGUGUACUGAUGCACUGUUCAGUAACCAGAACUGUUUAGGCAGUAGCAUUCUAAUAAUGGAACAUAAUGAGUCAAAUAACACAAAGGGACAGUUAAAUAAGACACUGCAAACAUUUCAACCAGUAAAGGAAACAAUAAACAACAUCUGUCAUGAUCACUGCUAUACACAGGCUGAAACGACAGUUACCCACCAACUACAAACAAAACUUCCAUGGCUACAGACUACAGAAUUCACAGAAAAUAGCACAUUUUGUUGCAGUCAAGGUCAUGUGAAUUGUUUCACUUCAGAUGAUCUCACUAAACACCCAGAAGUACCAGUGACAGGAAAAUGUUCUGAGGCUAAUCUACAGUACGACUUAGACUCUGUAUGCCUUUUAGAAGACAUAUAUUUGAAGCCUCAGGACUCUUUAUGCCAUUUAGAAGACAUAUAUUUGAAGCCUCAGGACUCUGUAUGUCAUUUAGAAGACAUAUAUUUGAAGCCUCAGGACUCUGUAUGUCAUUUAGAAGACAUAUAUUUGAAGCCUCAGGACUCUGUAUGCCAUUUAGAAGACAUAUAUUUGAAGCCUCAGCAAAAUCUAGACAAGAAAGAAGUAGCAAAUAAUGUCAUGAACAAAUGCCAUCAAAUUUCAGAAGUGCUGCAUGUACAGAACGGUGGCAUAAAUGAUACGGAAAGACGAGAAAAUAUAUGUAAACAAAUGAGGAGACGGAAACCAAGUGUGCCAGGUUGGUUUGGUAAAGGGCUUUUUAUUAAAAAGAAUCAUAAGUAA